UAGGGGAAUAUAAUAAUGUGUCAUACCGCAGUGCAGACUCACGUACUUUCAAUAAGGGGACAUUCAAAUGAUCCCGGGUUGGGCGAUAGCUGUCCUCAGUCGACGGACGCGACCGCGCCACGUGUUUAUUAUCGCAGCUUCCAGUUUUACGGUACAAAUAUGGCGGCUUUACUUCGAUCCCUCUGGAGGAGUUCCCAAGCUGCGGUAUUUUUCACCCGAACAAGAAAUUUCUCCUCUCCACCUCUGGUAUUUUCUGAAGAAGUACUACGAGCAAAGUCAAAAAACAAACCCAUAGUAGCCCUCGAGUCCACGAUCAUCACGCACGGGAUGCCUUACCCAAAAAACUUAGAAACUGCUUUGGAAGUCGAAGAAAUUAUAAGAGAAAGAGGUGCAACACCGGCAACAAUAGCGAUCCUCAAAGGGCAGCUAACAAUAGGGUUGACGAAAGAACAGCUAGAAUACCUUUCUCAAGCUGAAGGCGUGGUGAAGGCUUCGCGUCGAGAUCUAGCGCCGGUGGCGGCUGUCGGGGGGGACGGGGCCACCACCGUCGCCGGCACCAUCAUCGCUGCCCAGCUGGCUGACAUACCCGUAUUUGUUACUGGCGGUAUAGGUGGAGUUCACCGAGAGGGGGAGUCAACCAUGGACGUGUCAGCCGAUCUGACUGAGCUGGGACGCAGCAACACGUUGGUCGUCUGCAGCGGCAUUAAAUCUAUCCUCGACAUAGGGAGGACGCUCGAAUUUUUGGAAACCCAAGGCGUUUGCGUCUGUUCGUUCGGCGAGUCGUCAGAGUUCCCAGCGUUCUACACGCCGCGGUCUGGGCACCGCGCACCGCACCGCGUGCCUGACGCUGGAAGUGCCGCUCGUCUGCUACGGAUCUCACACACCUAUGGACUUAACUCUGGAAUCGUUAUAGCCGUGCCUAUACCUAAGGAGUACGCUAUGGAUGAAGAUGUUAUUGAAGGAGCUAUUGAGCUCGCUUUAGAAGAUGCUAAGAAGAAAGGGAUUCGAGGCAAAGAAAUAACGCCCUUCAUAUUGGCCGCAGUCGCCGCAGCUACCGGCGGCUCCUCUCUAUCUGCCAACAUCGCACUCAUAAAGAACAACGCGAAAGUGGGCGCCGAUAUUGCCGUCGAAUUUAAAAAGUUGAACAAUGUAGACAAUUUUAAUAUUGAAUUCCUGAAGGGCGCGUCGCCGAGAGAGGGCGACGUGCUAGUCAUUGGAGGGGCGAAUGUGGAUAAGACGUACAGAGUCAUUGAAGACAACGUCAAGCUAGAUGGCAGCACCCAUCCUUGUGUAACCGAGCAGUGUCCAGGUGGUGUGGGACGAAACAUCGCUGAAGUCUUAUGGAAGCUGCGCAAGGGCAAGGUGCGGUUACUGACAGCUAUUGGAGACGAUUCGGAAGGAAGGUUCCUUUUAGAAGAUGUUCCAGGAAUGAUACUCAAUGGUUGUGUCGUGGAAGGAGGUCGCACCCCGACAUACGCCGCCGUGCUGGACAAGGCUGGCGAGUGCCGUCUCGGGCUCGGAGACAUGGCGCUCUACGAUCACAUAUCUAAGGACAUGGUGGAAAAACAUAUAGAAGUAAUCAAACAGGCCCCGAUGGUGGUUCUGGAUGGCAACGUCCCGAAGACAACCAUGGAACAUGUCAUGCGAGUCUGUGAUCGACUACAAAAACCAGUUUUCUUUGAGCCUACUGACACAAGAAAAGCAGUGAAACCACUUCAAUACGGUACUCUUACUUAUGCAUCUCCAAAUCUUGCCGAACUUAAAGCCAUGGCAAAUUAUUUAAAUCCAGGACCAUACACCAAUUCUCCAGAUGCACUAAUGGAGGUUAUCGAAUUGGCUAAACGUGUAUCUUCAAUUAGAAAUAUCGUUGUAACACUAAGCUCUAAUGGUGUACUUUUGGUAAAAAAUAGUUCACAAGAAGUACAUUAUUAUCCUGCUGAAUUAGUAAAUACAAUAGUAAACGUAUCUGGUGCAGGAGAUUGUUUCGCUGGAGGAUUUAUACAUGGUAUUCUGUCUGGAUCAGAAGAAUCUGUAUGUAUAGCUAUGGGAUACCAAGCUGCAAAAGCAGCACUAAUGUCUAGAAAAACUGUGCCAAAUGAUAUAACAAUAGAUAACAAUACGCAAGCUAAGUGUUCAAAGCUUAAAUUUAAGGUAUAAAGAUAUUUGAAUAAACAAACUUUGAAAAGUA